UGUAAGCAAGGUAGGUGACUCCUACAGUUUUUUUUCAUAAGUUUCAGUGGAGAAAAUAUUCAUUAGUUUCUGCCUUGUGAGAUGGCAGCCAUCCCUCAGACCAAGCUGCUGCACCAGUAUCAGACAAUAAUCUUCAUGCUGGUAACAGCUGAAUAUUUUCUUUGGCCAACUGCAGAUUUUGAUCUUAUGUACAUUUUGAUAGCUUGGUUAGCUGUUGUAAUUAAUUAGAUAAUUUAAGGCAGAGUGAAGCUAACUGGAGUUUUCACUGGAGCACUGCAGUGUUCCUGCUGUGCUUGUGAAUGGUGCUGUUAGACUGUACAGGGACCCCUCUUGCUUCUCUCAUCAGUAAAGGGGGCUAUGUGUUAGCAUGAUCAUUUAGGCUUUACCCCUAGUCAGUGCUAAUCUCUCCAGUUUUCUUCUUCUCUCUGAGGAUGACAGAAAUGGCUGCCUUUCUCUCUAUACCAGAAGCAUCAGUGACUAGAGCAGAGAUAGAAUUAAUCUUACUUCUAGGCCUCCACUUGUGCUGCAGUGCACACAGCCUGUUGUCCUGCAGGUGCCUGUGGACUGGAGGUUUUCUGUUACCAUAAGAGCUUUCCCAGCUCACCAUCACUCUUCCUGAUCAGUUGGCCUUAGCAGUACACCUGUCCUUGGGAGGCCAUGGUAUAUGCUGAUUAAAACUGUUUCAGGAUUUUUGACAUAAAAAGUUUUUACGAGCUCUAAAAUAGGAAAGAGCCAAACAUAUUUCCUGAACUUCUGAAGUCCUUGAAGCUCUAGCAGAGCUAGGUACUCAUCCUUUUGUCAUUUCUGCCUCCCCAUCUGGACCAUUGGCUCCUGAGCUAUGUAGUCUAAGUCCUGAUGCACAGUAUCUAUAUCAGAAAUGUGCAGUGGCAACCAGAGUAAUUAAGGGCAAUCAUACUCCUUCCACUUUCUUUAUAUGGUGCAACAUCAAUGACUAGAACUAGUAGAGUAAUGCUCAAUUCACUAAAAUUUUGAGGGACUAAAAGAUUGUGAAAACAAAGAAGUGCAAGGCUGCAUUCGCCUUUAAGGAGAUCAGCACAACUGAGGAACAGUCAUGCUCAUCUAACAGGGCUGGUUUCAAAUUGCUUCAGGUAUGAGCAUAAGCAUUCUAAGACAUCUGCUUUGUGGGUUUCAACCUCAUUAUGUUUCUCUCUAAAAUGGUUCCUUCCUCAAAUCACAUAAACAUAACAAUGCAAAGAAGAAAAGAAAUAGGGGCGUAUCUGCACCUGACAGAAACCAGUGAGACGUAACUGGGAGCCAGAAACAUGCACAGACAUGGUGAAGUCUAAGCAUGCAGAUAAGCUGUGUUUUACCCACGCCCAAGUCAGACACAAAAGAGCUUCAGAGAGCUACAGAACACUGGAUCUCUGAGUAAGUCACUUCAGAAAAUCUUCACAAUGUUCCUUGCUAAAGCUUUGCUGAGUGGAGGAAGUGGAGGAAGUGGUAAGAGUCGUGGAGGAAACCUUGUACGUGGCCUUGGAGGGCUCCUGACAGGAGGUGGAGGUGCAGGGAAUAUUGGAGGACUUGUUGGAGGUCUCGUCAACCUUAUAAGUGAAGCGGCAGCUCAGUAUAACCCAGAGCCACCUCCACCUCCUCGCAAUCAUUUUACAAAUGUGGAAGCUCAGGAGAGUGAUGAGAUCAGACAAUUUCGUCGCCUGUUUGCCCAGCUGGCUGGAGAUGAUAUGGAAGUGUGUGCCACCGAGCUAAGGGACAUCCUGAACAAAGUCCUCUCCAGACACCAAGACCUGAAGGCGGAUGGCUUCAGCUUGGACACCUGCCGCAGCAUGGUCGCCGUCAUGGACAGCGACACGAGCGGCAAGCUGGGCUUUGAGGAGUUCAAGUACCUGUGGAACAACGUCAAGAAGUGGCAAGCAGUGUACAAGCAGUAUGACACUGAUCAGUCAGGCACCGUUGGGAGAGCCCAGCUGCCCAGCGCCUUGAGGGCUGCGGGGUUCCAGCUGAACGAGCAGCUGUGCCGGGUGAUCGUGCGCAGGUACGCCGCCGAGGAUGGCAGCAUGGACUUCAACAGCUUCAUCAGCUGCCUGGUGCGCCUGGACAGCAUGUUCAGGGCCUUCAAGUCCCUGGACCAGGAUGGAAGUGGCCAUGUCAGAGUGACCAUUGAAGACUGGCUGCAGCUGACCAUGUAUUCGUGAAGGCAAAGAAGAGGCUUUGUGUGGAAGAUCCACCUGGAGGGCUGCACUCCUCUGCUACACUGCUGUGGGCUUCGCCUUUAGUCUUUCUAGGGCAGAUGUAGCAGUAGAUGGCUUAGCUUCAAGUGUAGUGAUUCCUCUAGUGCGUGCACUGGUCUGCUUUUCUGAGGGGUUUCUGUAGGUUGUUUGGGCAGUUGCAAAAGUUAAGAAAAUUCUAAACUCUAAGGUUAGGGAAUAUAUUAGAAAGAUCAAAGCUUAUUUACUGUUUCAUGUAAAGUGGCUUGUACACUAGUAUAACUAUUACAUAAAAAAGCUCCCAAGUUUGGUGUUGAUGUUGCUGUUCUGGUUUGUCAGCAGUCACUAAGCUGGAAUAAAUGCUGUUUGCCU